UCUACCAUCUUCGAAAUUGGGAGAAGAAGGCUCUGUACUCAAGAGAUAGAGGCAUGUUAUGUUAUGGUUUCAGAAGGGUGUCAAGAGUUAUGGUUGGAUAAGGCACAUAUACCACGCGUAGCAAAGGUUGAAGGACUUCCAAAGAUGAUUGCUACAUUGCUCUCAAUCAGAGACGGUAAACGAACUCGAAUCACUAGGGAUGACCUUUGUGACCAUGUUUGGGAAUUCCGCUUUACAGAGUCGGCGCCGCAGUACUGGCGGGACCUGGACCCCUCGUGGCGCGAGGAAGGCGCCACCCCAAUGCGGCGGUAUUUCCACCCAGAUGGCAGCAUCACGGCCGACCCCGAGGACAAGGUGUGGGGCGGCCACGAGUCGACCUACACAAUUGUGACCGGGCUCCUUGCAGACGGCAAGGUGCGAGAGCUACGUGAGGAUCAACCGGUGGCCUAAGAUGAUGGUGGAGCGCCACCCCGACUGGAGCUGGGAACUCCGUAACCACCUCUACUUCUACAAGAGCGUCCCUGACAGCCACACCGGCACUGGCCCUGCCUCCAUCUCCCUCUCCGUCUCCGGCGGCUUUUCUUGAAGCUGGAAAAAAAACUCUCCUUUGUGUGUGUGUGAGUGUGAAUAUGCAUGUUGUAAAUCGGAGUUGUGGGAUAAGCUAUUUAUAGAAAAAAGAUUGCUAUUUUAAUA